AUACAAGGAUCUCGAGUCUUAAAGACUCGAGAUCCUAAAAAUUAAAUUACCCACUACAGCUACAGCACUUUACGUUCGUGGGGGUAAAAAUGCAAGUAACUCGAGUCUUAUAGACUCAAGUUCUACUGGGGAAAAUUAUUAAAACAGAACACUCUGAACACUCAGCCCGUAUAACACACUUUCUAACAUUCUACACAGCCUUCUCACCCAAAAACAGAGUAUCCUCACUGAGUCUCUCAGCCUCACUAACUCUUACCCUCACUAACUCUCACUCACCCAUAACUCCUACACCACAUUGCCUCUCACUCUCACUCAUCACACUGCCUCUCUCACUGCUCUUCCCUCUCAACAAAUUGAUAUCUCAGGUUCACAAUGCCUGAAAUUGAUAUAAUCCUAUACCACGAUGGUCCGCUUAAGAAUGUCAAUGCGAACAAGGGAUUGCCAUUUGAAGGGCCGGGUAUAAAGACCUAUUAUACCCAAAUUGAUCGUAGGUUGAAGACCCUUGACGAAUUGAAGAAGAUUAUCAUGGAAGAGUUGUGUGAGAAUCCUGCUAUACACAACAUACAAAUUACUUAUCGUAUGCCAAACGAAAUCUUGAAGCAUCGGAUUAAUUACAAGUAUAUGGUGAUAGAAACAGACAAACAUGUAAAGAUCAUGUUUGACAAGUUGGAAAGAAUAGGUGAAGUAACUAACAUUGAGUUGUACAUACAAUUGGAGCCGCGUGCAGUUUGGGAAGAGGAUAUCCAACAAACGACUACAAGCUUACAGGUUAUGGUUCCAGAUGCUCAAUAUGAGUAUUCUACACAUGUAGAGGAUGAUUAUGUUCAUGCCGAUGGUGAUGUUCAUGUUGAUGGUGAUGGUGAUGAUGAUGAUGAUGAUGAUGAUAAUGAUGAUGAUGACUAUGUUGAUGAGACUACUGCCAUUAACAAUGAUGAUGACGAUGAUGAUGACGACUAUGUUGAUGAGAAUAUUGCCAUUAAUGGUGAAGAUUUUGUGGAUAGAGAUGAGUAUGAAGACACGAUUGGCAGAGACCUUGGGGACUUUGAGAGGGACAUUGAUGACGAUCAGACAUUGGAUGGUAGUGAACCUUAUGUAGACAAUGUCAUUAGUGUCCAAAACAUUACGAAUACAAUCCCUGCCUACGCACCUCCUGCAUUGUCAUUCUCUGCAAAUACUUGGGAACAUAUGGUUGAUCCUUCACAUAUUGAUAUGCCAUUUGUGUCUACUUGGAGAGAGGGGAUGAAUUUGUGCAAAGGGUUGACUUUUGCCAAUAAAGAGGAGGUGAAGCACGUAUUAACAAUUUGUGCCCUCAAGGAAAACAAACAUUUUACGAUCAUUAGGUCGACGACGAAAAAACUUUGUGCAAAAUGCGUGCAUGAGUCAUGUAAGUGGUAUGUCUGCGCAGUUAUGAAGCCCGAUCUCCACAAACUAUGGAUGGUCACCGUGUAUGUGGGUCCUCACACGUGUAUAGCGACUGGGGUGCGAAAUGAUGGUAAAAUGAUGAGUUGUAAUUUUAUUGCAUCAGAUAUCCAUAAGAAGUUAUGUGAGGAUCACACUACCCCAGUUAAGCAUCUCAGAUCCAUGAUAGAGACGAAAUAUAGUGGGCAGAAGCCUUCUUACUACAAGGUAUGGGAUGCGAAACAAAAGGCGAUUGCGAUGAUGUUUGGGAAUUGGGAAGAGUCUUACCAAAGAUUGCAAAAAUUGCUAAUGGCAUAUAUUGAUCAGGACCCGACUACCCAAGUGUUCUAUCGUAUCACAUCCACCGAUGAAGAUGACGCCGUAUUGUUGCAUUAUGUGUUUUGGUCUUUCGGUCCAUGCAUAUCAGGAUUCAAAUACUGCAAGCCGGUUAUCAGUAUUGAUGGGACCCAUCUAUAUGGUAAAUAUCAGGGAAAGUUGUUGGUCGCAAUGGCAACUGACGCUAACAACAAGGUAUUCCCUCUCGCGUUUGCUGUUGUGGAUUGUGAGUCAGGGUCCAGUUGGAGGUGGUUUUUACAGUGCCUCCGAGAUACGAUUGGCCACGUGAUACCUAAGGAAGGCAUUUGCAUAAUUUCUGACCGACAUCUCGGUAUCAAAAACGCCAUUGCAAACUGGCCUAGAAGGGAAGAUGGAAGUACACCAGUAUUUCAUAGAUAUUGCCUUCGACAUGUUGUUAGCAACUUCAACACCCAUUUUCAGAACUCAACUCUAAAGUCAACGGCGUUGAAAGCGGGAUAUGCUACUCAGGUGGAAAUUGAGGCCAUUAGGAAUAAGAAGAAGGUGACGGGGAAGGAUGGCAAGGAAAAGAAUCAAGAUUAUCUUCCAUACACAUACCUAAUGGGCGAGUCUGUGGAUAUGUGGAGCCAGUCACAUGAUGGUGGGAGACGUUUUGGGGCAAUGACAACCAAUAUAUCAGAGUGUUUCAAUGGUGUACUGAAAGGUGCACGAGGUCUUCCUAUUGCCGCAUUAGUUGAGUUCACUUGGAACAAACUUGUUCAAUAUUUCCAUGACCGGCGUAAAGAAUACCAUUUUGAGUUCUCAGAGGGUAAGAAAUGGAGUGAAUAUGCCAAUCGUACGUGGGAUGCAAAUAAGUGUAAAUCCGAGAAACAUUAUCUCAAGCCAUUUAGCAAUGAAGAGCUGAUAUUUCAAGUAGUUACCCAACUCAACACAUGUAGCGCAGGAGGGGGAAACCACAGUUAUGAAGUUCGGUUACAGGAACAAAAAUGCAGUUGUGGGAAAUGGCAAAACAUAGGGAUCCCCUGUUCACAUGCAAUUAGAGUAUGUGACUAUUUACAUAUUGAUUCGACCACAUAUAUUCACCCAUGUUAUGGCUUGAACAAUGCCCUUAACACUUAUGAGCAUGCAUUUGUGAUUCCAAAGUCGCAGUGGGCCUGGGUCCUACAAAUUCAAUAA